AUGAAGUCCUACUCCGCUGCCGUUGCCCUUGCUGGCUUCGUCUCUUCCGUCGCUGCCCACGGUUACAUCAGCUCGCCCUCUCCCCGUCUCCCCGGCGAUGGCCUCAAGGCUGCUUGCGGCGAGCAGGUCUACAACCAGCAAAACUCUGACCACUACGGCAACGUUCAGGGUUCUCUUCAGAACCUGCAGGGCUCCCACCCCGACUGCCGCAUGUGGCAGUGCAAGGGUAUUCCGUUCGCUGACGCUACCGAUGUUCACUCUUACACCGCUGGCCAGAACAUCCCCGUGGUUGUUGAGAUCCAUGCUCCCCACAACGGUGUUGCCAACGUCUCCAUCGUCAAGACCAGCACUGACACCGUUAUCGGCGAGCCCCUCAUCAGCUGGGACGAGUAUGCCAUGACCUCGUCGCCCAUGUCUGACCACCCCGACUGGACCAACUUCAACAUCACCAUGCCCGAUGUCAGCUCCGAGUGCGCUACCGCCGGUGACUGUGUUAUCCAGUGGUACUGGGACGCAGCCUCCAUCGACCAGACCUACGAGGCCUGCAUUGACUUCACCAUGGGUGGCUCCGGCGAGACCACGCCUUCCUCCUCUGCCUCGGCCUCUGCCUCGGCCUCUGCUGCUCCUGUCUCCUCCAAGGCCGCUGUCUCCUCUGCUGCUGCCUCCGCCACCCCUACUCCUACUGCCGCCGCCUCCGCCUCCGCCACCCCCACCGCCGUCGAGGCCGUCUCUACCCCCACUGCGUCCGCUGAGGCUGGCUCUGCUCUCCCCAAGGAGUUCACCCUUGAGGAGUUCAUCUCAUGGCUCCAGUCCAACGCUGGCUCUGACAUCGCCUCCAAGCUCCGCCGCAUGGUGAGCGCUCGCUCCCACGCCCGUGCUUUCCGCGUUUAA